AUGGAUCUGCAGUUGCAAGCUGCUUUUGCCGCGGUUACGGCUGCAAUAUUCGUAUUCUAUUUAUCAAUUGGCCUUUUAAUAAACCUGCGUUCUACGCCAGAGAUCGGAAUUUCUGUCGCCCUUCCUCUUUUCGGCGCUGCACUCGUUCUGGGUCUUCUUUUCCCGGAGUACUUUGGAUGGACUAACACCAUUUUGGCAGCGGAUGUCUUUCUCGUUGCGCUCGUCUAUAACCUGACGGUUCCUAUGUUCUCUGGAAGUUGCGGGAUUCUCUCUUGGGUACCCGGGUUCACCGCCUCACCUCCAGAAGGCCAGCUGAUUUUUUACAUUACCACCAUUCUCUUUGUGGCUUGUCUUUUGUACUUGAUUCAGAUAUAUACGGGCCAAGAGCACAAAUGCCCACCCGUUGUUAACCGAAACCUGCUGUCUUCGUUCAUCUCGGGCUUCAUAGUGACAGCGUCAGCAGCGUACACCAGCGCUAUCAGCGGACUGGUGGCACCGACGCCCUUGGAGCCCAUCAGCUUCUUCGACAUGCCCAGCCACUUUUCGUACACCAAGGCACCAAAUUACGUGUUUUUGGCCCUGUGGACAGCUCUGACGCUGGGAGGGUAUGCAGUGCAGCAAGCGCGGGACAAGCAAAAGAGUUUGCUCGAAUAGACUAGUCAGGACGAUACAUUUGCUGUAACUCAACCAGGUACCCGCGUCUCACAGAAGGCCGCCAGCAAUCUGUCUGUGUUAACCUUUCUCUCUCCGCCAUGUUUGUGCUUGCACGGUCGAUAGCGCUGAACUGUAGCUUGCCGUUAUUUCAUGCCACACCGAAGUUACUGCCUGCUCUCGCUGUAACGUAACAGUCGUUUUCUAAUGCGGCUGCAGCCACUCGUGGAUCAACUGGAGUGUCUUUCAACACACAACGACACCUUGGAGAACCAUUCGCUCCAAACGUUUAAGACAAUAAUGAGAAGCUACGAAAUACAAA